UUGGGCAGUGUCUGCUGCAGCUGUUUCACUUCCUCAUGUUUCCAGUGGGAGACUAAUUUACUUCUGUUUCUGUCUUUCACGUUUGAUACCAUGCAAGUUCACAGCUUCUUUUCAUUGUUGUGUCUGUUCUGCUUCUUUUCAACAGUCGGUGCUCUCUUCGGUUAUGGUUUAAUUCGUUGCCAGUUCACCUCCAACCAUGAAGUUGUUUAUCUGGAACAAAUCUACCUUAAUAAGGUGCUGCUUAUCCAGUACAACAGCACUUUGGGAAAAGUUAUGGGCUACACAGAAAAGUCAAAGGAAAUCGCAGACGACCUUAACAAAAACCCAGCUUUUCUGAGAAGACGAAGAAAGGAUUCAGAGAAAUGCAUAACCCAUAUGCCACUGGUGAUGGAUGUCCUUUCAAAACCAGUCGAGCCCUACGUCAGGCUGAGGUCAGUUGAGGCAGCGAGCAGCAAACAUCCAGCCAUGCUCGUCUGCAGUGUGCACGACUUUUAUCCCAAACAAAUCAGAGUGACCUGGCGGAGAGACGGAAAGACGGUGACAUCUGAUGUGACGUCCACUGAUGAGCUGCCCAAUGGGAACUGGCUCUACCAGAUGCACUCCUAUCUGGAGUACACACCCAGACGUGGAGAGAAAAUCACCUGCGUGGUGGAGCACGCCAGCCUCAUGAGUCCCAAACUUUAUGACUGGGACCCCAUACACGAGUCAGACAGGAAUAAGAUCGCUGCUGGGACAGCUGGGCUGCUGCUGGGUUUGAUCUUUUUACUUGCCGGGGUGAUUUACUUCCAGAAGAACACUACGGGUCGGUUGUUGGUGCCAACAAGUUAAGGGGGUCUGCCACUUUGGCUGAAAUAUCUAUAAUACUAUCAAAAAUGUGAAAUGAUCCCAACCAAAAUGCCAGAGGACAGAAUAAGUAAGAAAGUUUUAAUGUGGAGUAAAUCUUCUGAGUUGUACUCAGAUCUUGGGGAGACUGAUGUGAAGUAUAUCUACAGGGAUAAUUUGUGUUUUAAUGUUAAUUUAUUUAAAGUAUGUUUUUAUUGAAGUUUGAAGGAAACUGGUUUGAAAAGGUCAAAGCCUAAAUUAAGGACAUAUAUGUAUGUCCAACAUAAGUUUGGCCUUGAAUCAUGUGUAAUGUCUUGUUUAACCACAAGUCAGAGAUCUUUAGUUGCACUGUUGAAUGUGCUUAGUAAAUUGUCGUUAUAGACAAUGAAGUUCUGAAAGUUGUUUUCUUAUUCUUUGAAAAUGUAUAUGUUGCACUUUGGUUCUGCUUUCUAUGAACUGACGGUAUCUUGUAAAGCCACUGAGGCUGCUGGGAACAGCUGUCAUUACUUUAAGUUAUACACUAGAUAUAUCGCUCAUCUUUCCAUCAAUUAAAGGUCCCAUGAAAUCUGUCAAUCAUUGGGAUCCAGCAUCUUGAGGACCAAGGUAAACUCACAGACUCCAUAUUAUACUGAAGGAACGCUCCAGAGGAUCUUUGGUGUCUACUCAAAGUGGCACCACGGGUUAUCAAGAAAAACAGAGACACUGCAUGAGAAGAAAAAUAAACAGACUCUAAAUAAAAAGAUAAAUGACUUCACAAACUGCACUCAAUGUGUGUGAUUAGAUGUGUAGUGAUUAGAUUUUCCCAGCAUUGCCACAUCUCUUAUUUAUGUAAAGGAGAUAAAACCUUCUGUUACAGCACUUUUAUGCUAUAUUGUCUGUGUUGUUGUGCAUACUUCUACUAAAAUCUUAUUUUAGGUUAUUCUUAUUAUUUUAGUUUCAUUAGUUUUGGACAGUUUACCAGAAUGUUUAGUUUUCUGAAUGUCUUUAAGAUCAUCAGUACCAGACUAAGAGUUUUGUAAAAGUGUGACAACAAAAAUAAAUAAAUCUA